AUGCCUUUCUCCAAGACUUUUCUUUUUCUCUCUCUCGUCGUCAUGGUUGUAUGUUGUUUCUUAAGACCAGAAACAAAACUUGUGCCAAACUUGGUUAAGAGUGAGCGUAACUAUGUAACCAACUCACCCGAACUGGCAGACAGGGACGCACAAAGUGUAGAAUUUAAUGCCUCCCUGGAGGAGAAGGAUAACUCAACUGCUGCUAGUGUCGGGUCUACAUACCAUGAAAAAGACCACGACGGUGGUAGCUUCUCUUUUUCUUUCUCCCUUUUUCUCUCUACUUUAGCCUUCACAUCCACAGACUCCUUUCUAAUCUCGGCGUGCGUAAUUCUGUUUCGUAAAUCAACAUCAACAAGCAGCUCUCACCUCGCCAUUACUGUGAACCGGUGUAUACUGAAACUUUCCCUUAUACCCGUUCGUUUCUCUUUCUUUCGCGGACACGUGGUUAGUUUCUUUUUCCUUUUUUUUUUCUUUCUAACAUUUUAUAUCUAUCUGAUGCAUGAACCAAACCUUUAUUGUUGCUUUACACUCACUGCGUUGUGUUUUAUCGCUCCAUUUUCUUCCUCCUCCCUUAUUUUUCUCUCUACUUCCUCGCUCCCUACUUUUCCUACUCGCCUUUCUUUCUUACUUCCAUUUUUAUCUUACAACCCCCACCUCAAUCUUUGCCUUACAUUCUUCUCAAACCCUUUCCCCACUCACCCCUAA